CGCUGGGGCUCCGGCGCCCCGGGCCCGGGGGAUGUGAGCCCCCCAUGGGCUCCGGGCGGCCGCGGCGGGGGGCGGCCUGGCUGUUGGUGCUGCCGCUGCUCCUGCCGCCGGCCCCCGCGGAGCGCACAGGAGAGUUGUAUUGUUCUUUGCCUAACCCUAGGAAUGUCCAUUUUGAAUCUAUAAACAUGAAGAAUGUCCUUCACUGGUCAGCACCAGAAGGCACAGGAGAUGGAGUGCUCUACAAGGUGAAGUAUUCAGUAUAUGGUGUUGGCAGAUGGAUUAGAAAGCCAGAAUGCAGGAAUAUCAACAGAACAUGGUGUGACCUCUCCAAUGAGACCUCCGACUACGAAGACCAAUACUACGCAAGCGUGAAAGCCUUCCUGAAUGGGAUGUGCUCUGACUGGAUGGAGACCACACGGUUCAACCCUCUCACAGACACUAAAAUUGACCCACCCAUGGUAAAUGUGUCUUCUACUGAGAAGUCUAUUUCAAUCAUUCUGACGGCUCCUGAGAAGUGGAAGAGAAGUCCUGAGGAGGAAUCAGUAUCUCUGCUUCAGGUGUAUCCCGGGCUGCAAUACAACAUCUCUGUCCUCAACAAAAAGACAAAGAAGAGGUGGUGGUUCUCCAUCAGCAACAACACCUUGGUUGUGCCCUGGUUAGAACCUGGAACAGCUUAUUGCGUCAGCGCGCAGAUCCAUGUCACCACACCACUUCUGUACAGUGGGUUCUCUAAAGAAUAUUGCAUUGCUACUUUGAAAGAUAAAACGACAGAUGAGAUUAUAACAAUGGUGUUUGGGUACAUUCUGCCCGUCAUGCUUGUUGUCCUUUCUAUUUCAAUGACGUGCUACUGUGUGCACAGGUAUAUUCACGUCAGCAAACAGAAACAUCCAACAAACCUGGUAUGGCAAUACACUGACAAGUGCAAGGAAAAGGUGUUCAUACCAUGUGAAAAAAUAGUGGUCAACCUUAUCACUCUUAACGUGGAUGAGUACAAGCCAUCUCAGGAAUCCAGUCAUGUCCCAGAAGGGAAAAGACCCCAUUACUACACUGUUUACAGUGACACCGAAGGGAAGGAUGUGCCUUCAAAAGAAUUGCUGGAAACAAAACACUUGCGUGAUAUUUCACACAAAGAGAUUUUAUGCAAAGAGGCUAUUUUAGCAGAAGGAGACCAAACUGGGAACUGGCCAUCUUAUGGCCAGACUGGAACAAAAAAUACUUUGAGACAGAAAAAUGCAGGGGCUGUAGAGUAUGAACUUGAUGUAAGGGCUGAAGACUUCAGUCCUGGUCAGAAACUAGAAGACCUCAGUUUGAAAGAGAAGACCUCUGCCUCCAGGGGACUACUAGGUGAGCCACAGUUUGCUUUGGAGGACUUGAUUAACACAAAAACAGGACAGCCAUAUUGCCCUCAACUAGAGGUGAGGGCAACAGACUCUUGUUUGGGACAGAAAAUAGAGGAACUUAAUUUGAAGGUGGCUGAUGCAGGAGAUGAACUGCCAGGUGAGACCCAUAUCAACUUGGUGGACUUGGAUACUGAAAAGUCUGGGCAAACAUCCUACCCUCAGCUGGAACAACUAGCACAGGGCCUGAUGGAGAAAGAGGAUGGACAGACCAUAUUAGUAGAUUGGGAUCCUCACACUGGAAGGCUGUAUAUCCCUACCUUGUUCACCGCUGAAAAUCAGGUGUGUGAAAGAGCAUUCAAGUGCAAUAGUCCUGACAAAGAUGGAAUUUUACCCAGGCUAUAUGAGAAAGAGGUAUCUGAAAAAUCAUCAGACGACCAAGAAAUGUAUCUCCUGCAAUUCAAGGAGCAAUGGGGACUGCAUGUAGAAAUGGAAGAUUGAACAGUAAUUUUCUAAAAUGGUCUAAAAUGCAAAAAUCUUGUUACCUUUGCCAAAGAGAGUGAUGGACUCGGUGGAGCAAACACAUCUUAAUGUAUUGAAGAUUUUGGAACCAUCACAGUUGAACAACUUAUUUGUGAUGUGUUAUUUAUCACAGUUUCCAGACAUUACAUAAGUGAUUUCAACUCCCAUCAUAAACCCCUCAGCUAAAAUAUGAUGGCAGGGGGGCUGGAACUCUAUUAUCUUUAAGGUCUCUUCCAACUCUAACCAUCCUACAAAUCUAUGAUCUAAUUUUUAAAUAUAUAUAUAUUUUUACAGAGGAUGCUGUUAAGAUUUUCAUGUUGUAAUUUCUAUUAAAAAAAAAAAGGGUCGGCAUUUGAAAGCAGAUAUUUUUGGCAAAUAAAAAGCACCAAUAUGACAUUA